AUGACUGAAGACAAUGUCGUCGUACCGACUAAACCUGAGUGUGACAUCACUACGAAGGUCACUGCCGGUAAAGCCGAAGAGGAAUUUCGCAAUUACGAAGACUCGGAUCGACAUGCGCUCGUGUCGCGCCACUAUGCGCUUAUGCGCAAGAACCAGACCGUAGUCUUUCAGGAAAAGAUGCAAGCCAAAUACGGCUCCUUUGCCAAUAUCAAAAUGACUAUUCGAGAAGCCUUUACGGCCUUAAUGGGGUACGUCGAUUCAUCUGAUCCGGACUCGUCACUGCCCAAUCUCGAGCAUAUGCUACAAACGGCCGAGGGCAUCCGUGCUGCCGGUCACCCUGACUGGUUUCAACUUGUCGGAUUGUUGCAUGACAUGGGCAAGAUUCAGUAUCUCUGGGGGGAUGCUGAGGACGGGCAGGAGGGUACGGCUAAUGGAGACCAGUGGGCACUUGGUGGAGACACGUGGGUCGUAGGGUGUAAGAUUCCUGACUCUGUUGUCUUUCCAGAAUGCAAUGCCACCAAUCCCGACAUGAGCGAUCCACGCUACAAUACAAAGUAUGGCAUGUAUGAGCCUCACUGUGGUUUUACGAAUCUCAAGUUUGCAUGGGGUCAUGACGAGUACCUGUAUCAGAUGCUUAAGUUUAACAAGACUACUAUCCCGGAAGAAGGACUUGCUAUGAUCCGCUACCACUCGUGCUACCCAUGGCACAACAAGAAAGAGUACACACAUUUGAUGAGCGAGGAGGACGAGGAUUUACUGGACUGGGUACUCGAGUUCAAUAAAUUCGACUUGUACACAAAAGCAGAUGUACGUCCAAACGUGGAGAAGCUGUGGCCAUACUACCAAGCAAUUAUUGACAAGUACCUGCCUGGCAAACUAUUGUGGUGA